GUGUCCCUCGAGUUCGCGGCGCCGGCGGGCGACGGCCGCCUCCGCUGCGCCGUCUGCCAGCGCGGCUUCGCCGCGGACCGCCUCGCGGUGCACCAGCGCGUCUGCCGCGCGGCGCUCGCGAAGCAGCGCACGGUCUUCGACAGCAAGGCCCUCCGGGCCCAGCGCAUCGUCGAGGCCAACGGCGCCGACGCGGCGCCCCGCCGCGCGCGGACCGCGCGGAGCCGCGCGCGGUCGCGCGCGGGCGGGGCGCGGCCGCCGCCGCCGGACCCGCCCGCCGCGCCGCCGCGCAAGUCCAACUGGCGCGAGGAGUCGCGCGGCUUCCAGGCCAUGAUCCGCGACGCCAAGCGCAUGGCCCGGGCCCAGGCCGCGGGCGUCCCGCUCCGCGAGAUCCAGCCCUCCCGCGCCGCGGGCGCGGCCUACGAGUCCAUGACCCGCGACUUCGUGCCCUGCCCGCACUGCGGCCGCACCUUCAACGCGAAGGCCGCCGAGCGCCACAUCCCCAAGUGCGCCACGACGCUCAACCGCCCGAAGCCGCCCCCGCGGAGCCGG